CCUGAGGCCGCCGCCGCCGCCGCCUUCGCGCCAGCCCGAUGCCGGUGCUGCCCAUCCCGCGCCGGGUGCGCUCCUUCCACGGCCCGCACACCAGCUGCCUGCACGCGGCCUGCGGGCCCGUGCGCGCCCCGCCGCUGGCGCGCACCAGGUUCCAGAACUUCGACGUGUACCUGAAGACGCGCUGGCUGUACGGCCUCAUCCGCUUCCUGCUCUACUUCGGCUGCAGCCUGCUCACCGCCGCGCUCUGGGGCGCGCUCGCCGCGCUCUUCUGCCUGCAGUACCUGGGCCUGCGCGCGCUGCUGCGCCUCCAGCUCAAGCUGUCGCUGCUGCUGCUGCUGCUGGGCCGCCGGCGCCUGGACCUGCGGCUGCUGCGCGAGCUGCUGGUCUCCGCCGCCCACGUCACCAUGCUGCUGGUCGGGGGGCUGGGCUGGUGCUUCCUGGUCUUCGUGGACAUGUGAGGCCCAGCCGGCGGCGGGGAGGCCGCCCCGUGCCCGAGGGCGCGCCCCGGCUGGGCUGGGAUGGCAGUCGGCCCGCGCGGGGCCCCCACUUCCGCUGCGCGCAAUCGUUUGCACUAAACUUCGCUGUCUCCUUGAAGCUUCGUUCUCUGCUAAUUCGCUCGCGGUAUCGGCACCCCCCCCCCUGCUGAGGGCGCAGGGUGGCGGGAGGGGCGCGGCUGACCCCCGCUCACACCCCGCCGCCCCCGUCUCCAGUGCCUGGUCAGUUCUUUAUGAGGUGAACCACUCGCAUUAAACCUAUUUUUUUAACGUG